ACGUGGCAUAACUAUAAAACCUCCUUUCUUUUGUUCCCUCUGGAAUAUUUUUUUUUUCCCGUAUAGGUUAAGGUACAGGCACAGCGAGUGAAAAGCAAAGAGAGUGAAGAAAGAAGACGAACGUAGCGUAAAGAGGGGUUUAGGGUUUUCCUCCCAAAAUGCUGAAAUCGGGAGAAGAACAAGAAGAAGAUUUAGAAAAGCAAAGAGCUGCAGUUGUGGAGUUGAGAGAGUUAGAGAAGUCAGUAGAAGCCAAUCCUGAUGACCCCUCUCUUCGAUUCAACCUCGCAGUGUAUUUGUGGGAAAGAUGCGAAUGCAAGGAGAAGGCAGCAGAACAUUUUGUUGUAGCAGUGAAACUGAACCCUCAGAAUGCAACUGCUUUCAAAUAUUUGGGUCAUUAUUACUACGAGAAGGAGAAGGUCAGGGCUCUCAAAUGCUACCAGAGGGCUGUCUCCCUCAACCCAGACGAUUCUCAAAGCGGAGAUGCACUUUGUGAUAUUUUGGACCAGACUGGAAAGGAGACCCUGGAGCUCUCUCUCUGCACUGAAGCCUCUCAAAAAUCACCAAGAGCCUUUUGGGCUUUCAGGAGACUGGGUUACAUUCACCUCCACCAUAAUAGAUGCUCUGAAGCUGUUCAUACUCUUCAGCAUGCCAUUCGAGGUUUUCCCACCUCUCCUGAUUUGUGGGAAGCUUUGGGUCUUGCCUACCAGAAACUUGGCAUGUAUACUGCUGCUACUAAGUCUUAUGGACGAGCCAUUGAGUUGGAGGAUAGGAGAGUUUUUGCUCUCAUUCAAAGUGGAAAUAUCUUCUUGACGCUCGGAAAUUUCCGAAAGGGAGUUGAGCAGUUUCAGCGAGCUUUGGAGAUCUCACCUCAAAAUGUGUCUGCAAACUAUGGGUUAGCUUCUGGACUCCUUGCUUGGUCAAAGGAAUGUAUGAAUAUGGGUGCAUUUAGGUGGGGAGCUUCAUUGUUAGAGGAUGCGUGCAAGGUUGCCGAUAAAAUUGCUCAGCUGGCUGGAAAUUUUUCAUGUAUCUGGAAAUUGCAUGGUGACAUUCAGCUUAACUACGCAAAGUGUUUUCCAUGGAUGGAAGAUGACCAGAGUGUAGAAUUUGAUGUUGAGACUUUCCAUGCUUCCAUCCUUACCUGGAAGCAAACUUGCUAUUUAGCCUCCACAUUUGCCAAAAGGUCGUACCAACGUGCUCUGCACUUGGCUCCAUGGCAAGCCAACCUUUAUAUUGACAUUGGAAUUGCUUCAGAUCUCAUUUCUUCUAUGAAUGAGAAUUAUGGGCACGACCAGCAUCCUUGGCAGCUAUCGGAAAAGAUGGUUCUGGGGGCCUUGUUACUCGAGGGUGACAAUUAUGAGUUCUGGGUGGCACUGGGAUGUUUAUCUGGUCAUAAUGCCUUGAGACAGCAUGCCUUGAUCAGGGGAUUGCAAUUGGAUGUCUCCUUAGCUGUUGCUUGGGCAUAUCUUGGGAAGCUUUACAGAGAAGAAGGAGAGAAGAACUUGGCAAGGUUGGCAUUUGAUUGCAGCAGAAGUAUAGAUCCUUCACUUUCAUUGCCAUGGGCAGGCAUGUCAGCUGAUAGUCAAAUUAGGGAGUUGACACCAGAGGAGGCUUUCGAGAGCUGUUCACGAGCUGUGCAGAUACUUCCUGUCGCAGAGUUCCAAAUUGGUCUUGCUAAACUUGCUUUGAUUUCAGGGAGCCUUGCGUCUUCACAGGUUUUUGGAGCCAUCCGGCAGGCAGUCCAGAAAGCCCCUCACUAUCCCGAAACUCAUAACUUGCAUGGUCUAGUUUGUGAGGCACGAUCUGAGUAUCAGGCUGCUAUUACUUCGUUUCGUCUAGCACGCUGUGCAAUCAACAUUUCUUCAGGUGACACAUCAAAAUCUCGUUUCCAAGAGAUAGCAGUUAAUUUGGCACGAUCUCUGAGUAAGGCUGGGUAUGCUGCUGAUGCUGUACAAGAAUGUGAAAGUUUGAGAAAAAAAGGUAUGCUUGAUUCAGAAGGUAUGCAGAUAUAUGCUUUCUGUUUAUGGCAACUUGGUGAGAAUGACCAUGCGCUCUCUGUGGUAAGAAAUCUGGCUUCCAGUGUUUCAGCAAUGGAACAGGCACUUGCAGCAGCUUCUGUUAGUUUUAUCUGCAGAAUGCUGUAUUACAUUUCUGGACUGGAUUUGGCAGUUUCCAGCAUUCUGAAAAUGCCAAAAGAAUUUCUCCAGAGUACAAAAGUCUGGAUUGUAGCAUCUGCCAUUCAUGCUCUUGAUCACAGUAAUCGGCUUGCACAGGCUGUUUCAAACAGUCACUACUCUCUUUUAUCCCACGAUGAGAUCAUUGAAAAACACUAUUUAACAGCUCUUGCUAAGCUGGUUAAACAUGGAUCAGAUUAUUGCCUUGGAUUUCAGAGUGGAAUUAGCCACAUUAAAAAAGCUCUUCACAGUUACCCCAAUAGUAAUUUGCUUAGGAAUCUACUCGGUCAUCUUUUGCUAUCAUGUGAAGAAUGGAAAGAAACUCAUGUAGCUAGUAGGUGCUGCGUCACAGAAGCUCCUAACUGUGCAAGCAAGCAAGGUUUAAAGUCAGGAUGUGAAAUUCUUGGUGCUGGGGCAGUUGCUUGCUAUGCAAUUGGCAAUAAAGAUCCAAAAUUUUCUUACCCGGCAUGUGGUUAUCAAUGCCUUAAUGGACCUGGAGCUGUCCAAGAACUUCAGAAAUACAUGCGCCAAGAACCUUGGAACCAUAGGGCUCAAUACUUGCUUAUACUUAAUCUUCUACAGAAGGCUCGGGAAGAGAGAUUCCCUAGCAAAAUUUGUGCCAUACUUGAGCGUUUAAUUUUGGUGGCACUUUCCAAUGAGUUCUAUUCAAGAGAAAGCAUGUCUUAUCAAUAUCAAAAGUUUCAGCUUUUGCUUUGUGCUUCUGAGAUCAGUUUGCAAGGUGGAAAUAUAGCAGGCUGUAUCAAACAUGCUAAAAAUGCUUCAUCACUUUUGCUUCCUAAUAACUACCUGUUUUUUGGACACUUGCUGCUAUGUCGUGCCUAUGCUGCAGUGGAUGAUUAUACAAACCUCCAGCAACAGUUUAUAAGAUGCCUAGAACUGAAGACAGAUUAUAAUAUAGGGUGGAUGUGUCUUAAAAUUAUUGAAUCUCUGUAUAACGUGGAAAGUGAUUCAAAAAUCUCAGUGUUGAGCCUCAAGGAAUGCUCAAAAGAGUGGAAGAAUUCAUGGAAUAUGUGGAUAGCUGUAUUUAAUUUGGUUCUGGGAUUAAUAUCUUUAUGGAAGGAGGAGUACUUUUCAGCUGAAGAAUCCCUUGUGCAAGCUUGUUCGCUGGCCAGUUCUGAGAGCUGCCUUUUUCUCUGCCAUGGUGUCGCAUGUAUAAAGCUUGCCAGACAGUUUUGUAGCUCUGAUUACUUAUCUCUUGCUGUAAGUAGCCUCACCAGUGCUCAUGCAACUUCUACCAUCCCCUUGCCUAUUGUAUCGUUACUGUUAGCACAAGCAGAAGGGAGCCUUGGCUUAAAGCAAAAUUGGGAGAAGAACCUCCGCUUUGAAUGGUAUUCUUGGCCACCAGAAAUGAGACCUGCAGAACUCUUCUUUCAAAUGCAUUUGCUUUCAAUACAAUCAGAAGCUGGGUUUAAAACUCCAUCCACGGUGGAAUUAUGUCAAAGCCCACUUAAAUGGGUUCUUCGGGCAAUCCAUACAAAUCCGUCUUCUUUGAGAUAUUGGAACAUCCUGCGUAAGCUUAUGGAAUGAGAUGCACGCUCCUCCAAGAUGCACGAUUGGAAAAGAUGGCAGUGUGGCAAAAUCCUUCUCUCAUAUCAUAUGGCGUCACCAACUUUUGACAAUUAUAUGAAUUACCAUCACUGAUUGAAUUGUCUGUAAAUUAUGAUAUCUUGCUGUUUCCUUCCGGUUUAAAAACCCAAUGAUUGUAAUGUACUUUACAUGUUGGAACCUCAAAGUUGGAUUCUAGUCACCGGAGAAGCUCAAGAGGGGCCAUUAUAAAUCGUACUGUUGGUAAUGGGGAUCCAUUUUUCGGAAAUGUUUUUGGAACAACAUUGUAUACACAGCUUGUAAGACGACAGUGACAAUGACGUUCAUGGUGUGUUAAGAAAGCAGUGUUUCACUUGUGCA